UGCGUCAGAGCUCACUGUCCUGCUAUAAAAGCUCAGGCUGCUGCAGCAGCGAGCAGUCGAGGCUUAAGCCUGAGCCCGCUGUACACCUCCAGCCAUACACGCACACGCACACACGCACACACUCAUACACAAAGAGGAGAAGGAGAGCAGCUGUAGCCAUGAGUAGCAUCGGAUAUGACCACUUCUACUCCGCCUCGCCGUCCAGACGCUGGUAUGUCGAGGCCCCCCCUCGUGUCGCCGUGACCAGAGGGAGGACCCACUCAGUCUACUCCUCCCAUGCCUCCCCGCUGUCCUCCUCCCGUCUGCAGUACUCUUCUCCUGGCCGGGUGAGGCUCUCCUCCUCCUCCUCCUCCUCUCAAGCCGCCUCCCUGGAGCUGGAGCUCAGCCAGGCCGCCCAGAUCAGCUCCGAAUUCCGCACCGUGCGCACCCAAGAGCGGGGCCAGCUGCAGGACCUCAACGACCGCUUCGCCGGCUUCAUCGAGAGGGUGCGUGAGCUGGAGCAGCAGAACCGCGCUUUGGAGUCAGAGCUGCUGCUGCUGAGGCAGAAGUACACGGAGCCGUCCCGUUUGAGAGCGUUGUAUGAGCAGGAGGCCCGGGCCCUGAGAGCUGCUGUGGAUGAGGCCAGGGCAGAACAACAGGCUGUCCUGGGACAGAGGGAGCAGCUGGAGCAAACCCUGAGCGCCUUGCAGGGUCGAUAUGAACAGGAAGGACUGGCUCGUGAGGAGGCCGAGGGCCGGCUGAUGGACACCCGCCACGAGGCAGACGAGGCUGCCCUGGCUAAGGCUCAGCGGGAGAAGAGCGUCGAAGCUCUGCUACAGGAGCUGGCCUUCCUCAAGAGGGUUCAUGAAGGUGAGGUGGUUGAGCUCCAGGCCCAGGUCCAGAUGGCUGUGCAGGUGAGAGUGGAGUCUGAGGCCGCAGCUCCGGACCUCUCUGGAGCACUCAGGGACAUCCGGUCCCAGUAUGAAAGGCUGGCGGCGCAAAACAUGCACGCUGCCGAAGAGUGGUUCAGGGGGAAGGUGGGCUCCAUGACCGAAACUGUGGCUCAGCACAGUGAUGCCGUGAGAAACUCCAAGGAUGAAGCAGGAGAGUACCGACGGCAGCUCCAGGCCCGCCUGCUGGAGAUUGAUGCAUGCCGAGGCCUCAAUGAAUCCCUGGAGAAGCAGCUGCACGAGAUGGAGGACAAGCAGGACGCUGAGAUGGAUGCUAUGCAUGACACCAUUGCAGAGUUGGAGAGUGAGCUGAGGGGCACCAAACAGGAAAUGGCGCGCUAUCUGAAAGAAUACCAGGACCUUUUGAAUGUCAAGAUGGCACUGGACAUUGAGAUUGCCGCAUACAGGAAGCUGCUGGAAGGGGAGGAGUCUCGUUUCAGCGUAGGAGGGCCUGCGAGUGUGUCCUCUCUCUACAGCCACAGCUUCUCAGCGCCCCCCAUCGCCCGGCCCUUCCUCUCCGGCCUGAGCUCUGGCCCCUCCUACCUGAUGACAUCACUCCUCUUCAGCUCCGGCUUCAGCAACACUGAGGGGCUCAUCUCUGCCAGUCAUGCCCAGCAAGCAGAGGCCAGCCCACCUGGAGAAGAGGAGGAGGAUGUAAAGGAGGAAGAGGAGAAGGAGGAACAGGGAGGGGAAGAAACAGAGGACACCAAGGAGGAAGAGGAGAAGGAGGAUGAUGACGGAGGGGACGAGGAGGAAGGAGAACCAGAUCAAGUUGAUGAAGAAGCUAAGGGAGAUGAGGAGGCUGAGGGAGGAGAUGAGGAGGCCAAGGAGGGAGAAGAGGGUGAUGAGGAGGAGCAAAAGGAAAAGAUGACAGACGCUGCCAAAGAUGAAGAGGAGAAAGAAGACACAGGAAAAGGAGAGGAGUCUGAGGUGAAAGAGGAAGCCCAACAGGAGGUAACAACUGAAACAGCCGAUGGCAAAGAUGGGGAUGCGAAAGAAGAAGAAAAGACGGAGAAGGAUGAGGCAAAAAAAAGUGAAAAUAAAGAAGAUAAAGCUGAUGCCAAGACAGACGACAAAGAUGAAAAAGUUAUUCUGAAAACGGAUGUCAAACCUGAAGCCAAAAAGGAGAACGAGGAAGAAAAAGUAGCCAAACCGGAACCCGCAGAAGAAACAAGCACAAAGGGCAAAAAGUGAGACAGCAUCUUCAGAAAACUUCAACCACGACUGUCCAUUGACUCAAUGCCCGUGGCAUUAUAUGCUAUCCUCUUCAAUUGUCAAUGGUGCUCAAUAUAACAGUGCAAUCGCAUUUUGCAGCAACAAAUCAAGUUUAACUGCUUACCAAGAUCAAUAGUAGUACCUGUUUGCAUAGCUCCUGAUGAGUGUAAUAUCUAUUAUUGCCGAGUGCAAAAGGGAGUGUGAGAUUUUGGUGAUUUAAUAAACACCUCUUAAAAGGA